CGUCCUCCACUUCGGCGCUCGGGCGGCUGCGACUGACAACAUUCGCAGUCUGUUGUUUUUCGCGCGUGCUAUGGUGUUCCUUUGUUUUCGUUAUUGAACGUGAGUGAUGUUAGCGAUGGAGUGGUUAGAAGACGAUGUAAUGCUAUUAAUUGAAGAGUACAGACACCACAGAUGCCUGUGGGAUCCAAGAGAUCCAGAAUUUAAAAUGCACACCAGAAAAAAUGAAGCUUGGCAAGAAAUUGCGGAAGCACUGAAAGUGCCAUCUGAGGAAGUGAAGAAGAAAAUUAACUCCCUACUUGCUUCCUUUAGGAGAGAAAGAAGGAAAGAGGCCACAACCUCGGGAAUGCCUGCAGGCAAGAAAUACCGUUCCGGCUGGUUUGCCUUCAAAUCGAUGUCAUUCCUGCUUGAUAAAGUUGGAUGGACAAAAGGCAGAUGCUCAGAGCAAAGCGAUCCACUAAUUGUGGGGUGCCACAGCUGCAUCAUAUUAUGGGAGAACACAGUUGAAGAGGUUGAUAUAGAUGUGACAAGUUUGGAAGGGUCUGAAGAUGAGGGAACAAGUAAUGACAUUGUCCUACAAACAGAAUAUCCUGCAUCAGAUGAAGUACAAGUAGGGGAUGUAGAAGAACCUCCAAGAAAGAAGAAUAAGUGUAGAAAAGGAGAUGCAUAUGAUGAAGCUGCUGCUGAUCUGAACAUGAUCAUAAAUAUAAUUGACACCAUCAGAAACAAAAAACAAGCUACAAACAACAAGAAACAAGAAAAAAAGUCACCACGUGACAUAUUUUCUGAUUAUGUGGCAUUUAAAUUGAAAACCUACAAUAACCAUGUACAGAACAUAGUGCAGUUUAAAAUUCAUGAAGUGUUCUUCCAGGCAGAUAUGGGCAAUUUUGACAGCCCCUCUACCACAACAAACCAGCAAACUGAAAUUAUUCAGCCCUCUCCAUCUUCUUCCGCCGUAACUAUUGACACAAACGAUACAAAACAUUCCAAUACUGUGGUACACACACUUUUGCUAUAGUUUUUAUUUCCAACUAUAGAUAUUUUCAUAUACUCAAUAUUUAAUUUAUUUAAGAGAAGACAGAAAAUAAAUGUCUUUGAGAGUAAA